GAUUGCAACACUGAGUGAACGAGAGAGCGAUAGGAGUGAGUGAGAGGGAAGGAAAAAAGCACAUGGCGGCACGACGGUUACGGACAAAGUUGUAGCUCUGUAUUAAAUUGAAGAAAAAUAAACGUAUCAUUGAAGAAAGUGCAUUUCCUUGCGAAGCCCCGUCCCUACAAAUUUUGGGGGCUCGUCCGGGAUAGUUAUCUUCGCGGUGGACGGUGUACUUCGCGGGAAAAUUCCAUCUCAAAAGUACGAGCACGCGUGUUCAACGACUACGCCAUUACGACGCCAUUGUACCGGUGUGUGAUUCAGACGGAAUCAACGACGAAAACAUGCCGAACUACGGUAAAGAGCGACGCAAAAGCCGGCAAGACGAUUACGAAGACUGUGCUGAAGACAGCAUCCCACAUAACCCGACCCAUAUGUUGCAAAUGACGGCGGAGUUGGUACCUAGAUAUAGCGGGAGGGAUAGCACCUAUCCCGUGACGCGUUGGGUCGAAGACGUCGAGAGCAACGCCGAAAUAUUUGGUUGGUCCCCGUUGCAGCAGCUACUGGUGGCGCGACGGUCGCUUACGGGCACUGCGCAACUAUGGCUCCGAGCUGAACGUCCAUUCAAGAGCUGGGACGAUUUGAAGGCCGCAAUAACUAAAGAAUUCCCAGAUACGGUCGAUGUAAAGGCCAUCCACGAGCUCAUGAGCGCUAGAAAGAGGCGAGUGGAUGAAACAUGCCUCGACUACAUGUUGAUUAUGAAAGAGCUGGGCAAACGUGGCAAGAUGCCGGAUUACGUUGCCAUCAAAUAUAUAGUGGACGGAAUUGUUGACAUCGAGACAAACAAGAUGAUGCUGUACGGCGUAACCACUUACUCCGAUCUGAAAGAAAAGCUGAAGAUCUACGAAACCAUCGUGAGUAAGAUGCAAAAAUCGUCAGUGCCAAGAAAUGAAGCGGAGUCAUCCAAGCAGCAGCAAGGGCGGCAAGGUCACCGGCGCAUCAGGUGUUACGGCUGUGGCGACGUGGGUCAUGCAUCUGCCAACUGCCCACACAAGAAUAAAGGUCUAAAAUGCUUCAAGUGCAAUGAAUUCGGCCAUGUUGGUUCGACAUGUACCCAAGUCACGAAGAAUCCAGCUGUCGUGAAAUAUCGUGAGUCGUCGGGCAACUUCGGAAAGGCAAGGCAAGGCUACCAACAGCAAAACGCAAUUUCGGCGAAGAGAGCGAUGUUCGGAACGGUGAGCAGUGACGCGGCUAACUUCACUCCAGCGGACGACGGUGGCGCUCCGGGCGGGCGAACGGUGAACGACGAAUCCAAGAUGGCCUCGGUUGUCUAUGGCAGUCAUAAUGACAGUGACAGCGACGAUCUGUCAGUGAGUGAAGUUAUGCAAGUGGUAAACAAACACUGUAAAUCAUUGAAGUGAAGAAACCGAUAUUGACGGCUAAAAUAGGUGGACACAGCGUAAAAACGUUAAUAGAUUCGGGAAGUGAUGUGAACAUCCUAGCCUCGGACGUUUACGACGCGAUUGGUAGUCCGGAAUGUGAACAAGAUGACAUCACACUUUCAGGAAUCGGACUAACAACCGUCCGAUCGUCUGGGAAAUGCCAGCUGCGUUUGUGUAUCGAUGGACAAUACUACGAUAAUGUCCCAUGGCAGAUCAUAACUUAAGACAAGAGGUGAUCCAAUGUGUGGAAAACUACAAGCCUCAACAAGUCAAGGAGGUGCCACUACAACUGAAGAUCGUACUGAAGGACGACGUUCCUGUGGUCCAACGACCUCGCAGAUUAUCACUUAUAGAGCAAGACAUAGUGGAGCAACAGGUGUCUGAGUGGUUAGACAAUGGAAUCAUUAGGCUAAAGAUGAGGCCCAGGCUGUCCAACGACUUAAAAGCGUGCUUUUAAUCGCAGAGGAAUAUGGACUAGAAAUCAACUGGAAGAAAGCAAAUU